CGUCCGGUCAACGCUUCGUAAGCUAAUUAGGCGAUACGAUAGAACGAACAACGCGCUUUAAAAUCGUCGAUUUAACAUGAACUCGCUGCUCGUUGCUAAAAAUGUUUCACGUCAUCAUCUUCGGCCUUUUGAACUAUACUGCGCCACCUUAUAGCCGGUCGUUCGGUGGUUUUCCUUAAAUUAACUAAUCAAGAUCUUUCCCCACAAACCGACUUAUCGGCGACUGUCGAAAGUGAGAGGGGUUCGCUAUACUUUAUACUAACAAACACUGAAAAGCUACCGGAAGCUCUCUUACCAUAAAAGCAGUUAUUCUCAAAAGAAUAAAGUAAUAAGAUUUGCAUAACAUGAAUAAGGACUUGACAAACUGUAAACUGUCAGUAAAAUGUUAAACCGUUUCGAAGGCAAAUGGGAACCCCCUGCAUCCGCCGACGCCGCCACCGACGCCAUUCCGCCGACUAACACAUUUACGUAACGUCACUAAUCUACCGUGAUCGCUUGAACAGGCACCAGCGGAGGCGAUAAUGACGGGUACAUAAGAAUCCUGUUUUUUCUUCUAAUGACAUGUUGUUUUCGUUGUAGUAAGUUGCUAAAUAGCACAGACAGAAUACUCCGAUGCGUGUGUCUGGUGUUUAUGUGAAGUGAUCGCGCGAGAGUGUGGUUUGCUUGUCGUCAUAGCAUUAGGUGCUAGGAUACGUUAUAAUUUGCGACAAAGUAUCGAUGCUGGAGCUUUGGAAAUAUCGGUCCAGCAACAUCUAAAAUCAAUAUAACGGGAAAGCCUGCGAUUAAGGAGUAAGUUGGAAACCGAGCGUAACGACAAACUACUAGGAGAGAGCUUCGCCGGAUUGCAAACAUUCUUCGAUCGGGUAUAGAUCGCGCCAAAAAUGCCCUCACCGCCUCGGGCUAGUGGAGCAUGCAAGAAGGCGCGAUCGCUCUCUACGCAGCGGAUGCUGUCGUCCCUCGCUAUGAAGAGGUUCUUGCGCCAAGCCAAACAGCUUUGCGGUUCGGUAGCCUCGGAAUCUUCAAGCGAUGAUGACCAGCAGAAGGGCCCUGACAAUUCAUCUGAUGACUCGGACGAAUUCGGCAGCAAGUUCUUUCAUCGGGCGGCGGCAAGAUCAAAUAGAGAACGCAUGUUCGAUUUCAGCACCGUCGGCAGCGAACGUACAUGGUUGAAAGACUUGCUUCUAUCGGAAACUGAAACAGAAUAUGAAGGUUCUGACGAAGAUGAGUACAUCACAGUGAUGCUUAAGGACCAUUUAAAACAAAAGUUGAUCUGCGAUAGAUACAACGAUUCACCGAUUAACUCCCAAUAUGGUUAUUAUGCUGCCGGUUUGCUCUCGGAUAGCGAUCUGUUUCCCGAUCACCGGCGGUCGGUGACCAGUAAGCGGAAGUGCAAGCUAGAUAAUGGAGAAAGUAAAACAAAGGAUGGUCGGAAACGGAUGAAACAUCGCAAGAAGCACUUCAACCUUAAAUCGGAUUCGAUGAACGCUAGCAGUUCAGCAGCGUGCAACAGUGUUCGAUUUGGUAGCACGAGGGAACAAAAGAUGGGUGUGCCUUAUCGGGGCGAUCGAACAAAUGACUUCUUUGUGGAUCCAUCGGAUGGACACGAUGCUUCGCUGGAGAUUGGAAAACGAAGCAGAAAGCUGCGCAACAGAACACCGGAAAUGAUGAACAUAAGGCGACGCAGACUGUGGCAGCAAAUGGCAAAAAAAGAACUCGGUAAAGUACAGCGUGCCAAAGUGAAUAAUCAUCGGGACACUUUGGUUAAUUGUCGCCGCGUGGCCGUUCUGUGCAUGCGAGUGGCCCGGCAGAAAGCAAUGCAAUCCCAAAAGCUGAUGAAGGACACGAUUUGGCGUGCGAAACGAUUGACACGUGAGAUGCAACUAUACUGGAAGCGGUACGACAAGGUAGAGCGUGAAACAAAGCGUCGUAUGGAGAGAGAAGCGGAAGAGCAGCGGAAAAUUGAUGUGGAAAUGGUAGAAGCAAAAAGACAACAGCGCAAACUUAAUUUCCUUAUAACACAAACAGAGCUGUACGCACACUUCAUGUCACGCAAGCUGGGUAACGUAUCAGCCGAAGAGCAACUGAAAAUUCUUUCACAGCUCGACGAAGAUAGCAAUCCACGACUAUCAAGCGUCGAUGAUUACGAUUGUGAACGGAUGAAGCAGCUGGCUCAAAAAAAUGUAAGUGAUGCAUUUCACAAUGAGCGUGCCCGCACGAACCAAUUCGAUGUUCAUAGCCGUAGUCACGUUGUACCUACUGGCACGACAGAGAAAAUCGGAAGUGAUCCCGAUAUCCUUGUCCCCGUGAGCGUUUCUUACCAGAGCGGAUCCGGCUCCACUGAGGUACAGCAAAGCAGUAUUAUGGAGCUACCACAACCGCGUAUGUUUCAUGGUCGUUUAAAGGGUUAUCAAUUGAAAGGUAUGGCUUGGCUGGCAAAUUUAUACGAUCAAGGCAUUAGCGGAAUUCUUGCCGAUGAGAUGGGUCUUGGCAAAACCGUCCAAUCAAUCGCUUUUCUCUGCCACAUCGCUGAGCAUUACGGCGUAUGGGGGCCUUUUCUGGUGAUAUCGCCCGCCUCAACACUACACAACUGGCAGCAGGAAAUGCAAAGGUUUGUGCCGCAGUUUAAAGUCGUCCCAUACUGGGGCGCACCGAAUGAGCGCAAGAUUUUGCGUCAAUUCUGGGAUCUGACCAACUUGCACACCAAAGAUGCCAGUUUCCACGUUGUCAUUACCAGCUAUCAACUAGUGGUCUCUGACUAUAAGUAUUUCAAUCGCAUCAAAUGGCAGUAUAUGGUUCUGGAUGAAGCACAAGCUAUAAAGAGCUCGAACUCUAUGCGUUGGAAACUGUUGCUUGGCUUCAACUGUCGUAACCGGCUACUACUGAGUGGUACUCCAAUCCAGAAUAGUAUGGCCGAACUGUGGGCUCUGCUACAUUUCAUAAUGCCCACCCUGUUUGAUUCGCACGAAGAGUUCAACGAAUGGUUUUCAAAGGACAUCGAGAGUCACGCAGAAAAUAAAACGGGUAUAGAUGAAAAACAAAUCUCAAGGCUUCACAUGAUACUAAAACCAUUUAUGCUGCGACGAAUCAAGAAAGAUGUCGAGAAUGAGCUAUCAGACAAAAUUGAAAUUAUGGUAUAUUGUCCGUUGACUACACGACAAAAGCUGCUGUACGUCGCCUUAAAGAAAGAGAUUUGCGUCGAAGACCUUUUGAAUCUAACGACUUUAUCCGGGAGCGGGAGUGGAGAGACCCAUUCGAUCGAUCGAAACUUUACCUCCAACCUAAUGAAUCUUGUAAUGCAAUUCCGCAAAGUAUGUAAUCAUCCUGAAUUGUUCGAGAGACGAGACGUCCGCAGUCCAUUCUCGAUGAGUAUGACAUACGAAUUGGCCACUAGACCUAUCUUCUAUCGUGAACUUUUGCUUGAGCAUAAUGUACCGAGUAAGCACCAUUGGUUGCGCAACCGAUGGUAUAUCUUCAAGGCAUUGCAUGUACAUCGUGUAACAUAUAGGGGAGCAAACAAGGCAAAGGCCGUUUCUGUUUUCUACGAUGAUUUUUGUACUUCGUUCAGCUGCGUUCGGCUUGCGGGCGGAUUAUCGUCGACCGAGGUGGAACAACUGUCGCGACGGGACAAAUUUCUAUUCAUGUAUGAUACCAUAGUGGAAUAUAAGCAUUGGCUCGAUAUAUUACAUUUUCAAUGGAUAUGGAGUAGUACUAACCAGAAGCAGAGAAGCACCCGUCAUUUGCUAUUAGAACCGUCGGCCACAAGAUGGAUAUCUCCAAUCUUUACGAGUCAUACGUUGAGUCGAUUCAUAUUCACCAAUGCCGGCAGGGAAUGUUGUUACCGCUCAACCCCUGUUCACGCGCAUCUAGAUCACUUGAUUAAACCCAUGGUAGAGUCAUUGGAUCAUCGUAUUAUGCGUAGCAGAAAGCAUCAACCCAUGGGUCAACCGCUAAGCCUACUGCCCGAGGUUUCAUCGGAAAAUUCAGCAAAACAUACCGAAUUCUUGCUAUCAAAUGUACCCACCUCUAUGCCGGCGUUCCUCUGUGAACUGUAUACUAAGGUUAUUAGUAUAGCUGGACACUCAACUGCGCUGUUAAGAGCGGUCGAUUGCAAACAUGUGAGCGGCGAUGUGCGACAACAGCAACGUAUAAGAAUCCAUUUGGAAGCAUCGUACCCGUUACACGGUUGGUCAAAUAUCAUUAUUCCCGAUAAGCAAACGUUAGUGUCUGACGCAGGAAAGUUGGCAGUUUUGGAUUCGCUGCUGGCGCGCUUAAAACAACAGGGACACCGUGUCCUCAUAUACUCCCAGAUGACCAAGAUGAUUGAUCUUUUAGAAGAAUACAUGUGGCAUCGCAAGCAUAGGUACAUGCGAUUAGAUGGUUCGAGUAAAAUAUCGGCUCGACGUGAUAUGGUAGCAGAUUUUCAAAAUCGCGCGGAUAUUUUCGUCUUUUUGCUGUCAACUCGUGCCGGUGGCCUGGGGAUAAAUUUAACCGCUGCAGAUACUGUGAUUUUUUAUGAUUCCGACUGGAAUCCAACAGUAGAUCAACAGGCAAUGGAUCGAGCACAUCGCCUAGGCCAGACAAAGCAGGUUACCGUGUAUCGGUUGAUUUGUAAAGGAACCAUAGAAGAGCGUAUCCUACAAAGAGCGCGAGAAAAAAGCGAAAUCCAGCGAAUGGUGAUAAAUGGAGACAAUUUCAAGCCGGACACUCUCAAACCCAAGGAAAUGGUAUCACUAUUACUCGAUGACGAGGAAAUUGAGAUAAAAUAUCGUCAAAAAACGGAGGAACGCCGAAUGAUGGAUGAUUCUUCUGUUAAAAGUGUAAAGGAGCGUGAACGAAAGCCUAAACAGAUGGGUGUGACGUGUGGAAGAGAAAGUAGUAUCAAAUCGUCCUUCGACGACCGAAGUGAGUCUUUUAUGGAACUGUGUGCAGCACAAAGUCCAGCACAAAGCGAUAGAUCCUAUUUUAGCGAAACCACGAAGCCAUACGAUGCGUUGGACGACUCUAGUAAUGAUGGUGCUAAUGAGAUUGGUUUCACUGCACGUGAGCGUGACAUAACGGUACGUUCCGUAGCGCGCGGUGUCAGUAAAAGAGGUCGUCCGCGAGGCUCACGUAGGGGUGGAACAAGCUCACGCACAAAAAUAAUAGUCCGGCAAUCAACCGAUACGGGUAAUAUUUCGGAAUCAUCGACUUUAGUCGAUACACCAGUACUCACAACAACACCAUUGUCAUUACUUGCAUCGGACACGGGAGGCACACCGCAACCGCUAAGGCGUGGGCCGGGACGUCCACGUUUGAAAUCCGGUUGGCACAGGAGGCAACAUAUUCAGCACCGACAGUACAACGGCAACAAUCACAACAACAAAAGCAACAAUUGUCGGCAGAGCUAUUGCAGUAAUCAAGUGAAAUUUUUCGAAAAAAAUCAUAUUUCACGAACUGGUAGUGGAGGACAUGUUUUACAAUCGGAUACGAUCGUGACAAAACACAAAAGGCACUAUGGAAGCCAACGUCACCGAGCCAACAGAACAUCACCGUCAUUUGUACAUCAUUCCCCCUGGUUGGGCGAUAACAUUGGCUAUGGUGAUUCACCUCCACAUCUUCCGCAACUUAAGCACGAUUUGCUCAUGAUGCAGCAUGACGAGGAGUAUCAGCAUGGUAGUAUUAGCUCGGCAGUGAAACAGUAUAAGCACAGUGUACCGGUUUGGCCAGUUAAACGUGAAGCCAUUGUAGAGGGCGAUCUCAUACUCGGCGGAUUGAUGAUGGUGCAUUCACGAGAGGAUUCAGUCACAUGUGGACCGAUUAUGCCUCAGGGGGGAAUACAGGCACUAGAAACAAUGCUUUAUACGCUCGACAAAAUAAACGAACAGGGCUUGGUGCCCAACGUCACGAUCGGUGCACAUAUUCUCGAUGAUUGUGACAAGGAUACAUACGGGCUCGAGAUGGCAGUUGACUUCAUCAAGGGUUCCAUUAGCAAUAUAGAUGAUAUUAACGAUUAUGAUAACUGUAGCAAGAGUCAUAAGAAGAAGAUCAUCUCUGGUGUGGUCGGAGCUGCAUCUUCUGUAACGUCGAUACAAGUAGCAAAUUUAUUGCGCUUAUUUAAAAUACCUCAGGUCUCCUUUUUCUCCACUAGUCCGGAGCUGAGCAACAAACAAAGGUUCGAAUACUUCUCUCGAACUAUUCCGUCAGAUCAUUAUCAAGUCAAAGCUAUAGUUGAUAUCGUGCAGAAACUCGGAUGGAGCUACAUUUCUAUUAUCUACGAAGAGAGUAACUACGGUAUUAAGGCAUUUGAGGAGUUAGAUGAUCUACUUUCAAAGCAUAACAUCUGCAUAGCAGUCAAAGAAAAGUUAGUAAAAGAUUCUGGUGUCGCUGAUACAAUAGCAUAUGAUAAUAUAGUACUGAAGCUGUUGACUAAACCACGUGCGAAAGGUGUAAUCAUAUUUGGAUCCGAUCAAGAGGUGGCGGAAGUAAUGAAAGCAGUGCGUCGGCAGAAUGUCACAGGGUUAUUCUCAUGGAUAGGUUCGGAUGGGUGGAGCGCACGGAAUCUAGUUUCAGAUGGCAAUGAAGCUGAGGUAGAAGGAACACUAUCCGUUCAACCGCAGGCAAAUCCAGUUAUUGGAUUCGAAGAUUAUUUUCUUAAUCUUACCGCAGCAAACAACAAGCGCAACCCUUGGUUUGUAGAAUUUUGGGAACACAAUUUUCAAUGCAAAUACCCUAACUCCCCAUACACACCGUACAAUAGAGAUUACAAAAGUUAUUGUUCAACGGCAGAAAAACUAACUAAAGGUGACCUAGACUUCGAAGAUCAACUGCAAUUCGUCAGUGAUGCUGUAAUGGCAUUUGGUUACGCCUUUAAAAACAUGCAUAACGAACUUUGUGGAGGCAAAGCUGGGCUUUGUGAUGCAAUGAAUCCAACUAAAGGCAUGGAACUCCUUAAAUAUUUGCGAAAGGCAGAUUUUGUUGGAUUGAGCGGGGAUCGAUUCAACUUCGAUAGUAACGGUGAUGGACCUGCGAGAUACAACAUAAUACACUUUAAACAAAUUACUCCAGAACGGUAUAAAUGGAUCAAAGUAGGAGAAUAUUACCAAGGAGAAUUGCGUUUAAAUAUGAAAGACAUACAAUUCCGGACGAUAGAUUCAAAGCCACCAGAAUCCGUUUGCAGUAGGCCUUGCGAACGAGGGCAGGCUAAAAAGUACGUUGAAGGAGAAGGAUGCUGUUGGCACUGUUUCAAUUGUACUCAGUACCAGAUUCGGAGUCCCAACGAUGAGACGCAUUGCGUUAACUGUCCUCGAGGAACACUACCCAAUGCGUACCACGAAGAAUGCCAACAAAUUCCAGAAUCCUAUCUACGACCAGCAUCGUUCUAUGCAAUCGGUGCUAUGACGUUCAGCUCAUUCGGAAUACUCAUAACGUUGUUUGUUAUUGGAGUUUUCCUGAAACACAACGAUACCCCUGUUGUGAGAGCAUCUGGGAGAGAGCUUAGUUACGUAUUGCUUAGUGGAAUAU